UGCUGGCGCGUUUGGUGCAGCACUGGAAGCCUGAGAAGCCAUUCAGGCCGUGGAGGGAAACGAGCGAUGUGUGCUCGCUCAAGGGAAAGCACCUGCGCAUCAACUGCUCCGCUGAUGGCGACGUUGUUUCUCUUGCCUUGUCAAAGCUCAGGAUUGUGGGCCAGCUUUCAGAAGACAUCGGCAAUCUCACCGCCCUCACCUCUCUCAAGCUGAGCACCAAUCGCUUCCGCGGCCCUCUGCCUGACUCCCUCAGUCGCCUCUCCAAACUUGAAAGCCUCCGAUUGGAGCGCAAUCGGCUCUCUGGAUCUUUCCCGCCUGGUCUCUCAGCGCUCACUGCACUCACCCUCUUAUUCGCCAACAACAACUCCUUCUCGGGCGCUCUGCCGGCCUUCUUUGGCAGCAUGGCCAACCUGAGCGAGCUCAAGCUGUUUGGGAACCCCAUGGGAGGGUCGCUGCCAGAGUCCUUCUCGCAACUCAAGAACCUCACCCACCUCCAUCUGGCAGACAUGGGUCUGUCGGGUCCCAUCCCUGACUCGUGGGGCAACAUGAAAAGCCUGCAGUACUUCUACGCCCUGCCUUUCCUCCUGCCUCUCCAUCCCCCAAUCUACCUCUCUCCCUGCCUCUACCCUCCUGCCUUCCCCACCUCUCGUUUCGCUCUUCCCUGGCUCGAUCUGCCUACCCUCUUUGCCUUCCAUGCCUUUCCCGCCUGCCUUCCUGCCUGCCUGCCACCCCCCUGCUCAACCCCCAUGCAGCUCGGCCUAUCAAAAUCCGCUGCUGGAGGGCAAGCUGCCGCCCUGCUGAGCCACCAUUCAGUCCCUCGGCAUUCUCUCUGUCCUGGGCACCAAGCUUCGCUGCCCCGCGCGCCCCGCCGACUCCUGCUGCCCGGGAUUCCUUCAAACCGGCCUGCCCUUCUGCUCCAACAUCUGCAACGAAUUCUGCCAAGAAUGCAAACCACCCUUGCUAUCACCAGCAGGCAUAGCAGGCGUGGUAUUGGGGAGUGUGGUGGUGCUGCUGCUGGUGCUGCUUGUUCUGCUCUAUCGUGGGAGAGGGAGCUACAGCAGGGCUUUCGAAAGUACACGUGGAGGGAGGUGAUGGAGGCGACCAACCAGCUGAGCCCCGACAACCUUCUUGGCAAGGGCGGCUUCGGCUCCGUCUAUUUGGGAGUCAUAGGCGGGUCCCAGCAGAGCGGGUGGAGCACGGGGGUGUGGAAGCGGGCAGAGGCUAGCUGGAAAGCAGCAAACAGCGGCAUGGGUGCGGGGGAUGGCAAGGUUGGGGCGAAUAGCAAGAGUGGCGAGAGCGGCAAGAGCGGCAAGAGCAGGGAGAGUGGCCCGAGGGGUUGGAGUGGCACGAGUGGUGGGGUUGGGACGGCGGACGCGAGGAUUGGGACGAGUGCUGAGAGUGCGACAUGUAUGGGGAGUGCGGGCAUUGGGAGCACUGCUUCUGUUGCUCCGUUGGGCGACAGUGCCCCUGGGGUGGGCGGCGGCGUGCAUGUGGCGGGUGGAGGUGUGCAUGUGGUGGGUGGCAUGGAGGUGGCGAUAAAGCGAGCAGCUGUUGUGGAGCGAUCAUCCAACGUCGCCACCAUGUUUGAAGAGGAGGUGAAGGCGGUGUCCAAGUUGAGCCACAAGAACCUCGUGCGCCUCCUUGGCUACUGCAACGAGAACAACGAGCAGGUGUUGGUAUACGAGUAUGUGCGCAACGGCGACAUCAGCGACCAUCUGUAUGCGAGGUUCUGCGGGCACUUGCUGACCUUUGAGGAGCGGCUGGACGCGGCACUGGGGCUGGCGGAGGGACUCAAGUACCUUCAUUAUCAUGCAGAGAAGCCCAUUGUGCACCGCGACAUCAAGCCCUGCAACGUUCUGCUCACAGAGGACUACCAGCUACAGUGUGCUGCUGCUGGAGAUGGUGUCGGGCCGGCCGGUCACAGCCAACUACAGUGUGUUGCUGCUGGAGAUGGUGACGGGGCGGCCAGCCACGGAGAGCGACCCCAACGACCAGACCUGCCUCAGGCACAUCACCUCCUGGUACCACCUGCUCUUUUUCUCACACGGUUCACGGCGUUUCUCAUCUCUCCACAUCCAUCCAUGUCUCUCCCCAUCCCUCCACGUCCCUCCUCAUUCCUCCUCGUCCGCCUCCCUUAUGUCAGGCAGUGCCAUAAAUCGAGCGCGGGGAGAUUUGAGUCAUCCAACAUCUUCUUUCCCCGUCCUCUUUUCCAACCCGUCUCCCCACCAGGGGGGGGCGUACAUCGAGCGUGGGGAGAUCCACAUCCCCGUGAUCCACUCACUGUGCUAUCCUCCGCCGCUUCCCCUUACCCACCCUCUACAACUCCCAUUCCCCCAUCCCCAACCCUCCCCCCCUGCCCUCCCCUCUCUCUUCCGGGCGGUGCAGGGAGACAUACGUUAGCUAAUAUCUCGUCUUCCCGUCUCUUUAUCAACCCCGCCCCCCCCCAGGCGGUACCAUACAUAGAGCGAGGGGAGAUCCGAGAGAUAGCGGACGCGCGCAUGGCCUCGCCGCUCAACCUGCCCUUUCUGCUGCAGAUGGCGCGCACCGCCGCCCUCUGCGUGCAGCUGCCGUCCACGCGCCGCCCGGACAUGGCUGAGGUGGCACGUGUCAUGCUGGACGCCCGCCGCACCUUCCAUGCCGCCGCCGCCGCCGCCGCUGCCGGCGCCGCUGCCCUCGCUGCCGCUGGUGGUGCUGCUGGGGCGCUGGGUGGGAAGGGGAGCCCCCGAGGAGCAGAGGUGGGGAGGAGUGGGCUGGUGGGUGCCAGCGGCAGGGCGUUGGGGAGUGAGAGCAUGAAGAGAUGGGUGCAUUACUUCGGCGGCGGGGGUGGAGGGCGGAGCAGGCAAGAGAGUAAUCGAUUUGAAGAGACUGUCCCAAAGGGCACGGGGCCCACGGAAGGAGGAGUAGAGAGUGGGUAA